AUGGAGAGGAGAGGUCCAACUCCAGGCUCUGGCUCAUAUGGCAAGGCUUGCAGGCAAUGUUCCAAGGCCAAGUGUCGGUGCGUAGCUCGACCCGACGGUGCCGGCUGCGAAAGAUGCCUGCGUCUCAAGAAACAAUGCCAGCCAUCAGAAUCAACUCGUAGGAAAUCUCAUGGGGUUUCCGAGUCCGGCGCGCAGAUCGCGAAGCUUGAGGGGAGAAUUGAUAGUCUCACGGCAAUGCUUCAGUCUGUGGCGCAUGCUACUGGAGUAUCUAGCAACCUGCAGACUAGUUCAAAUGCUAGUACAGGCAACGAUAUCAGCAACUUAGCUAUCACUGGCACUGAUACUGACAGAGUACUGGUGCCACCACCAUGGACCACCGCGCCGUCACAGUCAACUACGACUCCGUCUCCGAGCAAUGGCCCGAACCAGCCAUCGGCACUGCUGCCUCCUCUAUAUGAGUUGAACCUAGACAAGGCAGCCUGGUAUCUCCAUCGCUUUACGACGAACAUGCUACCAUGCUUUCCUUUCAUCUGCCUGCCACCCAACAUCACUACGCAGCAGUUGCAUCAAGAUAGACCAUUUCUCCUCGAGGCCAUCAUCGCGGUAGCUACGCCCUCAACGCAAGAAAAAUUGGCUCGCGCAGAUAGACUGAAAUCUCGCUUAACCAAGUCAGCUAUGCUUGAGAAUCAGUCCAGCAUAGAUAUGUUGCUGAGCAUCCUGACCUACAUUGCCUGGAGUACAGAUCCAUUUGUUAAACGCGCGAGUAACCUGUCUCGCAUGAUCAUGCUGGCUAUGUCCAUGGUCUACGAUCUCCAACUGGACAAGAAACCGCCGCCGCCGCCAGAGGUACCCAUAAUAGCGAAGAUGGCACCAGGUCUGGGAGGUCCAGAGCAAAGUGCAUGUGAUGUUUCUCCACAAGAGAUCCUAGAGCAGCAUCGAGCGUUUCUAGCUUGCUUUGUCCUCAACUCGAUCAUCUCAUCCACCUUCAGACGCACAGUCCCCCUACCAUGGACCCCUCAAAUGGAACAAGCCUUAAAUCUGAUUGACACGAACAAAGAACACCCAUCAGACGAGUACUUCACAAUCCAAAUCCGGCUACAGAUCCUCGCUCAAAAAGCCCUAUCCCUCCGCGACCCAGACGAGACAACUACAUAUCCCUCUACCACCUCAAACACAACACCCUCAGCAACAACCAUGUACCUCAAAUUACUACACAACCAACUAACCGACCUCCAAUCCACAAUCCCACUCCAUCUCCCCCACCGCGACCUCCUCCACCUCCAAACACACUAUACCUCCCUCCUCCUACACGAAACCCCCCGCCUCACCAGCUCCAGCACCCCUCUCCUUUCCCCCACCACAGCCCCCUCCCCGCUAACCACCCUCAUCCACUCCCUCCAAGCAAUCAAAUCCUGGCUGUCAACCUUCCAAAUCCUCCCAGCACAAACCAUCACCGGAUUCCCCUUCUUCAUGUGGUUCCAACUCGUCCGAUGCAUCGUGCUCCUAAAACAUCUCUCCACGUUCGAAGACCCAGCAUGGGAUCGCGACAUCGUGCGGCAGGAGGUGGAUAUGCUCGAUUUGCUGGUGUGGAUGGGGGAGAAGGCGGAGAUGGCUAGCAUUGAGGCUGGGGAGAUGUCAGAUGAUGAUUUGUUUCGAAGGGUGGGGAGGAUGUUGAGAUUGGCGAGGGAAUGGGUGGUUAGGAAGGUGAGGGGGGAGGCAGAUGUGGGGAUUUCUGGGGAUGAGAGUACUGAUGGGAAUCGGGUGAUGUCUGGAGAUGAGGAUAGGUCUGAGGGAAGUGGUGAAGGUAGUAGUGGUGGUGGUGGUGAUGGUAGUGGUAUGACGGGUAUGGAUCUGGAUAUGACGGAUAUGGCGUGGAUGCAUGCGCUAGAAUCAGGGGAUGGAGGUUGGCUUGAGGAGGUGCUGGGGUGGUCGCCUUUGCAUUUCUAG